AGCCUCAAUUCAUAAACCACUUGUCCUAUUGACAUGACAACUCCUUUCUUUAGUUGAUAACUCCCCCUGCUUGCCCCCAGUCCCAUAGAUUGGCGUUUCUUGCGUAAACAUUUUUUUUGCUCGAAAAAGGUGUGUCACGAAACCCCCACUUUUCUCUCUGCUUGCAACAUAAGUAUUUCAGAUAGAUCCAUGCCGUCGCAGUCAGUAUAUUAUAUAGUCGUCUUGAGAAGCUUAGUAAGUAAGUAGUCUGCAUUUAGUGGAGUGCACUGGUCGUCUUCAUCAAGGAGAAACAGGAGUUGGAGAGAAUUAGCUCCCACUUCCACAAGUCAAGGGUCCACAUUUUUCUUCAUUCAUCAAAAAAGCGGUAGUAACGACAUUCACACAAAGUUGUUCGACUGCUUGUUCUUUAUAAGUAGAGGUCGUAGUAGAAGUACUCGUAGCACUGCUUCUUGAUAAGAGGUCGUAGUGGAGGAAGUACUCGCACCGUGUUCGACCUCCGCGAAAUACACUUGAACUUGUUGUAGUAGGUGAGGAAAAAGACAUGUUGACCGCUUUUACUCCCACGAGGAGCGUUGCGGAAACGUGCAAGACCGGGAAAGCUGUGAACGAAAUCGUGUCCAGAUGAGAGGGCGUUUCCGCGGCUGCGACAUGCUGCCGCCACUCGCUCGGACAGCGCUCAAGCGCCUCCUGUGUAGGAGGAGGACGACGAAGAUGAGCAGAUCUUCUCAAGAACAGCAUCUUCAUGCUGUUGUUGGGCUGCUGCAAGCCAAAAGAAGAUGUCGAGCGUUUUUCGUCGGAUUUUUCUUCCUCCUGCAGGCCCUGCUCGUUACCUCAACCCGCAGCGAUGACGAUGACAGCAGGUCGGACACGAAGAUAUCGGGUUCAGGAGUUGUGCGAAGACCUGCGGCAGAGAAGAGUAGCAAGAGCCCGCAGGACGAGGAUGUUGAGGCGUUUGCCGAGGAAGUGGAACGGUUGCUCCAGGAGAAGGAGGAAGCGGAACGGUACCUACCGAAAAGACCCGAAGUCCACCUGAAAAAGCGGCCAAAGACAGCACUAAAAGAGGGAAUUGCUUACAACGAGGUUUUCCGGCAGCGCGUAGAACAAGAGCGAAGACGGCUCUCGGAAAAAGGCGAAGCCGCGGAGAACACGAAAACACUGUUGACUUCGGGUCUCGACCCAGCGAAAGUUGUAGAGUUGGUAGACCGACAAACUUCACGCCCGAGCACGGGAAACGGUGCUUCAAGUGCGUCGAAGGUAGGAGACCACGAUAUUACUGUAAAAGAUACGCAUCUCCAAGGAGGCGGUGGCCCCAAAGGAGCGGCAAAAAAUUUUGGAUUUGAGAAGAAUCUAAGGCGUGAGCUGACCUCAAAACGGUCUUAUGACGAUCCCGAUCUGAUGACAACGUCGCGAGAUCUGCAGAGGCGCCUCACGGUAGAAGAGGGUCUUCGCCUCGCAGUUGCGACUCCAGCAGCUGCGCCUCUAGCGAGGAGUACAUCCGAUAAAACCUCUGCGGUUGACAGUAGCGACAGCAGGGCGCAAAAGAGGAGUUCCACUCAUUCUACUCCAGAUGGUUUGACGCGACGGCUUUCCCAAUUGACAGAGCACGAGCGGCAGAAGCACCACGCAAGUCAGUGGGCAGCGACUGCACGUGCCGCGAGUGUAGCUGAAGUAGAGCGGGAGCGGUUAUCGCGCGAGCAAGAACAAGCUGCUCCUCCACUCCGCAAAAAUAGUGACCAUGGAAGGGCUUCAUCAAUCGCUUCAAGUUCAAUGAGGAGGAGCAACGAACAAGAUGAGGAGCAACGAAGACUCCAAGGCUCGUCUGGCGGUGUAGAUGGCGUAAAUCUAGCACUGAAUAAGGGUGUUGCGCUGUCCUCCACGGGAACCGAAGUGCACCCGAAUCCGGCCAUAGGCUCACGACAAGGCAGUGCGAGCUACGCGGUCGAUGGAACGAAGGGAAUGUCUUUUUUCCAAGACGGGUGCGCGCAGACGUGGUCCCGCGCCACCGGGGACGGGGGCGAGGACACCGAUGACUUCCCGUGGCUCCGGGUGGAUUUGGGGCGUCCCGAGCACGUGGGUUUGGUGCGGCUGUGGCCUCGGAACGACGUUUUGAAGACACUGACGCACUUCGAGUUUCGUGUUGGCACGAUUGGCGGAGACCGAUACGACGAGAACGUCAUCUGCAGUUCGGGUCCCGGGGGAGGCCUCUCCGGUGUCACCGAAAUGGACGACGACGGGGUCACGCUGAUUCCUGGGCAGAUGAACUCCAUCACGUGCGAAGCGUUCGGGCGGUACGUUUUUAUCCUCAUCCGAAAGCGCAGUGCAGUCUUGUCGCUCUGCGAGGUCGAGGUCAUAGCGCAAGGACCAGUGGGUCGAGCGGACCUGUCCGCGGUGGCGGGGCAACCCUUCAACAUCUAUCUACAAGGGAUAGGGAUGCAAUUGGCAAAUCGCAUCCGAAUCGUCGAAGACACCAUCCUGUGCGGCACAUUGGAGAGCAGAACGAUGUCGCACUCCGUCUUCCCUCUCACCUCGCCUGAAGGUGCGUUUUUUCCUUACUAGAAAGAGCGCAGAGCGUUCUUAUGUUGUGAUCAGUAUACGAAGUAGAUAUUAGUUUAUUCUAUUCGCCAUGAUUUUAGUAGACAUAGACUUUCUUUUGAUGUAUGCGAGGUCCAUUGAGUUCUUGGAAGCUUUGCACUUUUCAACAAUGACGGAUAAAGACAUCGUGAUGUUAGAAGUAACACCUAUGUUGCCUUGACCUAGGUCCUCCGGAUCUGACCGGCGCCUCUUUGUGGGAGCAGUGGUCCAACGUGACGAUUGCUCGUGCGGGUUACUACAAAGUGUGCUGGUGCGGUGGCAGUUGCGACGUCGGCGAGAGCGUCUUUUCGACACAUGCCCUCCGUCUCGUUCUGACCGGGUCGAUCGUGACGAUCUCCAACGGCGUCGGACGCGCGCCGGCCAAUUUGACGGACCCUGGUGUCGUGGACGGCGUCCCGAUUAUCCACAGCGCAAUGUCAAAGCCCCUUGAUGUGGCAGUGAUGGAGCGAGGUAUCUUCGUCGCCGAGGGACAUCGGAUACGCUACUUAGACCUGAUUAUGGGACAGGCGUACCGCAUUGCGGGGAACCUCUACUCGGGGAACGGGGGUGAUGGAGGACUCUCGCAGGCCGCUCUCCUGAACAAACCUGCCGGGCUGACGAUUGACAAGCGCUAUUACUGGGAGUUCCUGGCGACGGACGCAGCGUUCGGCACAGCCACGUUCCAAACCGCUAAAGUUAAGGACUACUAGAAACAUUCAAAGUACAGAUUAUAGCACUUGCUUAAUAUUACGAUAGAUUUUACAUCUACCUCCUAGUUCCGUAGAGCUCUUCUAAGAAGUGGGAUAUGUUCCAGAACACGCAGCACUUCGUGUAUCGGCUGUACUUGGCGGAGCAGCACAACCAUCAGGUUCGAGCGAUAGAGUAUAGUCCGAAGCAUUUGCUAACUACGGCAAUCACGGAAGCAGAACUAUACACCACAACGGGGAUCAUUUCGCGUAUUGCAGGCACGGGCUCUCCGGGUUUCUCUGGGGAUGGCGGAGCAGCGCUGUUGGCAAGGUUGGACUCGCCUAGUGGGAUCUACUUGGACGCGGAAAAGAUGCUCUGGUUGGCAGAUUCACUGAACAACCGGAUUCGCAUUGUCUUCCUUUUAUGAACUACAAGACGGAGGUUUCGGAUGAAACUAUCAUCUUUUAUUUUUCAUGAUCGUUUGUUCUGUUUUCUUGUAGACAUUCUUUUGGUAAAGAAGCGGUGACUUUCCCAUGAUUGACCUAUGAUUGAGCAAAUCUUGGUCUAGGGUGAAAACCUUGAAGUUGCUAUUUUCCCCUUGUCCCCUCCUUACUUUCUCUUGUGCCUGCCUCGUCUUUGUCUACUUAGUCAUUAUAGUCCCUUCGCCUUACUAUUGCCACUACUUCUCCUACUAAAUGUGAUGUUCCUUUCUAAUACUUGACCCAUUGAGCUCGCGAUUUGGGAAAAUUUACACUGCUAUCGGCGAGGGGCCCCAGGGAUAUGGUGGUGACGGUGGAAAUUCCCUGCGUGCGCAGAUCAACUUCCCCAAAGGUGUCGUCUGCACUCACGUAGACCCUCUGGAGGAGGAUGAUGAGGAGGGAAGGCUUCUGCGGGCUGUGGUCUACAUCACAGAACACGGAAACCACAUCGGGCGAGUAGUGCAGAUGCACUUCGGCGAAACCUGCGGACUUCAAAACGGUCCUAUUUGCGGUCUCAUCGACACUUACGUCGGCACGCCGAUGCAGAGUGGGUAAGGCUUCUUUUUUUUACAGUAAGACGGUUGUGCUUGUUGAUGUAUCUUCAGUCUAGUCAACACUGACUUUGUUCAGAUUACAUAUACCGAAUAGAUCGAUAUCGAAACGAUGCACCAUCUUGAUGUAUGACCAUAUGUAACCUUUGAAUAUUUAACCAGUGUUGAUUUGUAUCUGAUAUUUUGACCAGGGAUUUGUUGGGGAAUCUGAGGAGCACUGCUUUUUUGAAUGCCCCUAUGGGUCUGGCGUUUAACCAGUUGACCAAUAUGCUGACGAUGUCCGACUGGGGGAAUCACCGAUUAAUCGGGAUGCCGACAGCGCAGGUUGUUAGUAUGGGUUGCUGGCGUGAUUCAACUGAUCCGAAUGCGGUGUUACUGAAAUCGCUGGAGAACCCGAAUCCGCCUUCGCCUUACCUAGUGGGCGAUUACUUGACGCGCAAGAACCCGGUGCACGCUUGCUUCUUAGAGUCCUUGCGUAUGGGUUUCGUGCUGUUUGGCAUUCGCCAAGGCGGGGAGUGCGUGUCCAACAAGAAUGCGGAGAACACUUACAAGGCCUAUAAGACGUCCACGACGUGCGUCGACGGGCUGGGGGCCACGUCCGACAAUAACAUCUACAAAAUCAUCGCGCCAGGGCAGGCGUUAGCGGAGCUCGGGCGCGUGUUCGCGAUCGCCAAUGCAGGGGGGUUGCCCGGUUACGACCAAAAAGCGCUGGCGGACUUUAGCAUUGCUCUGAACGCCGUAGACACUCAACUGCACAGUCCUUCCGGGAUCGACGUAGAUCCAGCGAGCAACAACGUGUGGAUCGCGGACGCUUUGAACAAUCGUGUGCGCGUGAUUUACGGGCAGGCGGGUCCGAACAGUGGCCAGACCUAUCGCUGCACAAACGGCAUGCGGUGCAUCAUAGAGAUUCGCGGCAACGGCCUGAUGACCACGGAUCGCAUUGGCAUGUUUCCGCACGGAACGAAGUGCGGCGAUCCGAAGUCCUUUUUUAGUAAAGGCUUUACAACGCUGGCAGGCGUGAGCACGAAUCCCGCGACGCUGAUUCCCUCGAACAUGUUUGACGCGAAAGAAUUCGACUUGGGCGUGCCGCGAGUGGAAAAAGCCGCCUUAUUUCAGGUCUGUUUCUGUCCAGACCAGAGCGCACGUGGCAGUGGGACAGCGGCAACCAGUGCGACGGGUCGCGUGUGUCAGGACUCGCGCUAUUUUACCACAAGUGCGGGUACUCUGACCAUGAGCGGUCCAGAUCGACUGCGGCUGGACGUGCGCGCUGGCGAGGCGUUUCACUUAACCGUGACCGGGUUGGAUUUGCACAUCCAGGAUCGAGUGAUGUUCACGCCAGCGGUAGACGGCGUAACCGGCGCUGCGAGAACGUGCAUGGACAACUUCUUGCUAGGCUCUGUUCAGGAUCAAGUAUCUCAUCUGCCGGACGUGGUGAACAUGUUCAUGUACGAGACCGCAAUCACCUCUCCGUACCAAAUUCCCCGUGAUUUCGGCAACACAACUGUGAGUUUGUGGCAAAGGCUAGAACUGAAACGCGGUGGAGUUUAUCUGGCUUGUUGGUGUGAUGGCCAGCGGGAGCCGCCGGUUGGCUUCCGCUCAAGGCUGAAUUCCGACUUAGUCGCGUGUCGACGCAAAGGCGACUACCAGACGCAGGCCGUGGAAGUGCACGUGCAUGGUCCUUACACCAUGGACGGCACCUUCUACGCGCCCGGCGAAAUGAGUAUCGUGUACUCGGCGCAAGUUGCGACCUUUGUGCAGCUGAAGCUCGAAGGGAGCCGCUUUCGUCGCUCGGACCGCAUUCGCAUUGUGAAGAAGCUCAGCGCGAACCACAAGUGCGGCACUCUCGGUUCCAUGGAGUUCAGCGACACCAUGUUCGGGAAGGCGCCCACAGGCCCUCCACUAAUCAUUUCGGAGUAUAGCGCGACCUGGACCGACUUUCAGUUCAAGGACAACAAGGAAAUGCUCGUCUGCUUCUGUGGACGCACCACGGGGACGAUGGAUCACGUGUCACAGAAUUUUCCAGGGCAAAUCAACACGAAGACGCAUGAUGGCUGUGUACGCGACGAAGACUACAACAUUUUAGCGGGGGUGCUCAAAGUAAAGGGGUUGUCAGCGACGCAAACCGACGACGGAAUAUUCCGUGUGCCAAAAGGUAUUCUUGUGAUUGCCUCCUUUGAACCUGCAAGCAUGGCUUUUGUUUCUGAAUUUCAACGGACCAAAUAUCAUUUGUACUUGUAAGUAGAAUAUUCGAAAGCUGCGCUGCAUCUUGCAGGGCAUGAACGUUCAUCACUAGUCGAUCCACAUCACUUAGCUUCAAUAUGAUGUCUAUGUUUUAUACGGCAUGAUAGGAGCCUUUGAUGAAUUCUUCAGCCACCGAAUUCGCAUUGACGCUCGUUGGCGAGGAUUUCACGCGUGGAGAGAAGAUCUCUCUCGUAGAGACCUACAUCAAUUGUGGAUCGUCCUCGGCAAGUGUUUCCUCAGCUCAGCUUUUAGGGGAUCAAAUCGAGAAUAUUCCGAUGCGCAACGCAGCGCGAACGGAAAUCACGUGGUCGGGCCUGCGCAUUGACAGCGACACAAUUUUGAAGAUCUGUUACUGCGGUGGCGACUGCGAGCGCGGCAGCAACUACAUGCUGGAGAUAGGAGCGGUGCUGGUAGGGGCGGCGGCGUCCCACUCGAAACUGCAGACGAGUCUGGUCACAGCGAAUCCGACCGAGAAGGACCUGGUGGAAUUCAACAAAAUGCACGCGCACCCAGUACAAUACUGGAAAACCAAGGCGAAUGUCUUGUAUGGCCAUAUUCUGCACGUCAAGACUCGGGACACGCCAGCGGCGCACUCGGGGUCGGCGGGUCCCUUCCACGUCUACUUCUGCCGCACCGAAACGGAGUGCAUGCCGCAAUACGCAGUGCUCUCGAAUCUGGAAGCUCUCGGCCGACAAGCGUGCAAGGGUACGACGUGCUGCGGGAAGGGUACGAUGAACAACGGUGCGUGCGUGUGCAACACUGGUUACACGGGUGACCUGUGCGAGGUACAGGUGUUCACGCGACCGCGGUACCUGAUCUCACCGGUUGCGCUCGAAUUUCGCAGCAUCAAAAUCGUCGCCGGCACCAACGAUGCCUGGUUUUGCGAGUACAUCGUUGCCCACUUCGGCGGCGACUUGGACGACGAGGACCGCGCCAUGUACGACAAAAGCAACAAAUACCUGCUGAACAGUUGGUUCUCUGCGAAUCCAGAGCCGCGUAGUAUCACCACCGGAAAGUACUACUUCUACGAAAACAACUGGCGCAACGCGUUGCAGCAGCCAGCCUUCACAUUCCCGUUUCCGAGUAAGAAGAUCAGCAACGAGUACUACUUGCAGAGUGACCCGUGUAACGGGUGUUCGCUAGGUUACGAGUGCGUACAGGUGCCCAUUCAGGCAGGCGAAUUGUUGUGGCGGGACUUCGAGUUUAAGAAGGCAGAGGCGACGGACACUAUCGGUAGUGCGCAGGCUACGUGCCAGCCAGUGUGCGGCGACGGCCUUGUCGUGGCGGAUGAACAGUGCGACGACGCGAAUAUUCUGCCCGAUGACGGAUGCUCGCCUUUUUGUACAGUGGAGCACGCGUGGCGGUGUGUCUCGAACUACGUGGAGGGCAACGCGAGGGUGGCAUUGCGCAGUGUUUGCGCCCUGGAAUUCUGCAACGAGCGAGCCGGCGCAAGCGUUCUUACGCAGAACUAUGGCCUUUCGCACUUCCAGCGUGGGCAUCAGAUCGGCUACAUCUGCAGUGAGUCAGCAGCCAGGACGAUUGUUCCGAGAGACGAUACCUUUCUCCGCUGCUACGCGUGGACUCCGCUGCUGGAACUGCCCGCCGGCGCCCCCCGCGACGACAUCUGUCCUUCCACUCUGUACCAGUACCACAAUUUCCAAAGUUUGAAGGGCACGGGGUUUGACACCUUUUCCUUCCGCCCGCAGCGAUACACGAAAGUGGACUGUCGUGCGUUCGAUAUGAUUGAGCGACCACCUGGCCGAACAGUGGACACGCAGUUGGUGAACCAGAAAAAAGAUGCACCUUUUCGGACUCACGGCUACCGAACGAAAGAGGAGUGCCGGGAUGCUUGCUUUGUUGAUCCGGAUUGCGUUUACUCCCAGUUCUGGAUACAAAAUGAGGCACCUAGCGAUUGCGACCUUACCUUCGACUGCCACUCGUUCUGCAAGAUCGUCGUGGCGUAUUAUUUAAAUCUUGGACUAUAUAGACUUUGUGUUUUUUUUCCAGUCAUCUCUCUUGUGGACGGUUGGAACCAACAUUAUCAGUUAUGUAGAGGUACUACAGCAGGUACAAACAGUAACAGAUUAUGUGCAUGCGAUGUCGGUUGUCACACGAAGGAUGAAAAGACACGCGAGUCGCUAAAAACGGAUCUUCUUUCUGAUCGUUUUGAGGCACUUUGCGUAAUGUCCAAAAACCAACAGGUACACUGUCGAGCGGGCUGCGACGGCUUCGGAAAAGCAGCAGUUUGGACCCGGAUACUCGUACCUGUACCAAAAGGCUCGUCGCGCAGGCGGAACGCAGACUGGCGACUACUACUGCGGCAUCCAGAAAGCGCCGCAGCCUGUAAGCGCUUACUAUACGCAGGACUUCGGAGCGGCCAUUGUCCUCUUCUCUGACGCAAUUCAAGGCGUCGGCCCCACGCUGUUUCAAGAGGGAUUCUGCACAGACUACGUCGCGGGAGUGAGCAACGGCGUGAUUGGUGGGACUGAAGCGCAGUGCAUCUGGAAGUCGCCGAAGCAUUUGUAUGUCCAAUUUGGCGGUCGAGCUAUGAUCGGCAACACAGAGUGGGCUCUCACGGCCAGCGUAACAGCCACCACGACUUUGGCAAUUGGCGGUAGCAUGGUCCCAACAACGACGGUGGCGCCACCGCGGGCAUUGCAGGUGGCAGAACAAAGCUUCGGGGCAGCAGGAGAGGUUGCUCGACUUCCUCCACAUGACGUCGAAGGACGUCUUCUGACGACCACGACAUCUCUCACGACCCAUGUUCCAGUGUACGACCACUUGCGCCAAAUUCAUGGUGGACCCAGCUUUGUCGUUUUCAAGUCUCCGCAUCUACGACCUCGAGGACAACCCGACUUUCCAGUACCGACGUCGGAUAAACACUAUCCCAUCCCGGUGCGCUCACCGCCCUCACUGGUAGCUAGAUCGCCGCAGGUGAUGCUCAAAGCCCCAGACUCCAUCGGAACGUGCAGUGAUGUCGAAUUCGAAGCCUCGCAGAGUCACACAAGCGGUACUUUUGUCUUGGUGGUUCGAAGCAAAUUUCUCGUCACAGGGUUGCUCUGCCUCUGUUGAUAUUCAUUACUCACGGACGGUUCAUAAUUCCAGAUACUUUCUUAGCUUAACCACGAUUUGUUGCAUGGAUCUGACACUCAGCACCUCUUCAAGGCGUUAGAAAUAACUUUGUUUCUCGAUUCAGCAUCGUAAUUUGACAAAUAAACGUAGGUAUGCGUCGUUGGGCCUCCGUGAAAUGGACGUGCAUGGAGACGCGACCGAUGGACGAGAAUGAUCUGAUGCAGGUGGUGCGAGACAUUCUGUACAACUACUGCGAGACGCACAUCCAGCCUUUGCUAGAUUCGAAGCCUUGGUGUGGAAGCGAGAAGAGCAACGAUCCAAGUGUGAUUGGUGUGCGCCCCUGCGAUUUGAAAGUUGUCUUACCGUUGUCCGUGGUGUGCCAGCUGCAGAGUGUUUCCUUGAGAGUGGAAGUCGGCACGUUCAACGGAAUGACCUCCAUGGCAGAGGCCACAGCGACGCGAGGGAGUCGCAACCCGUUCCUGCCCAUGGCGCGUGCGAUUGGGCCUUCCUCCCUGACGCUGCCUAUGGAGAUCGACGCGACGAAGCCGAUCAGGUUUGAAGUAACAACCAAGGCACCCGAAUACCUCAGGAACUGCUACACAGUGUGCCCCCAAAGUUCCCCCUUCUUCCGAACGACGGCUUCGGUCUCGACAACAAUUAGCCCAUUGACAGAUCAAUCACAGGAGGAACUCGCUGGCAUGGUGCAGGACUUCAUCAAGGUAAUGAAAUACUUACUUACGUGUGAUGAAGUACAACAUCUACAUCUACUUGAAACUGAGAUUAUAGCUCUUUCCUACUAAAUGCAUCUGGUGCAAUUGCAUUUAUUGCAAAUAUUCUCCUGAAGCAGAUUCGGACAGGCCUUGAAUGCUAAGUAGCUCUCUGUUUCUUGUGAGUUUGAUUUCUAAAUGGCAUUGCCUAUACAUAACGCCAGAUUCGCUGGUAUUACGGCAACUGGAUGAUGAGCCCUACCGGCGAGCGCACUGCGCCAAGCAUGAUGGAGCUGUUCUCGGUCGAAGAUCAGAAUGAGAGCGUGAACCAGAACGUGCUGUUGAUAUCUCAGUUUCGCAAUCCGCACCUGUUCUACCAGCCGGGCGCAAUUUGGUACUUCGCCGCUGCGGUGACCUACUCAACGCGUGCGGCAAGCGAAACCGCGUUCUCACUGGUGCCGUUCGAAGUAAAGAUCGACCAAGUGCAGCAAGUUAACGUGCACUUGCGAGCGCCACUUGUGGUGCAGGGCACGACGUGCGGUUUCAUUGUCGACGCGCACCAAACCUCAUACACUGAAUUGCGGGCUUGGUCACACUCAGCGACAGAAAGACGCCAGCUGCUCUUAGAGGGUGACGCAGCAGAAGACUCGAGCAAUGUUUGGGACCCCAAGAAGAGAAAAAUGACAGUACAUAACUUUACAUACUACAGUCUAAACACGAUGCAAGCUAGAAGCAAGUAGUAAAGUUUUCAAAAUCUGAUGCCAAUUCUUUUGAUGUUCUUCUCUGGUCUUCUCUUUUAUCUUCCUCAAAGUCCUCCUUUUCUAUUGCUCCGAUGAUGGUGAUAUCGAUAUCUAAUAUGCUUAGCAUUACUGCGAAUAUUUUUCAGUAUCAUGAUCUCUUAGGCCGCUGAGCGCAAACGCAUUUUGAAGAGUGCAGAGAUCACGCAUCCCGACAACCUAAAGCGAGUGCCUAAUGCUGGGUUUAGCGAGAAGGCUUUCGAGGCGAUGGAGCAUGAGCGGGAGGACGAUAUGCCAGUUCUAGCUCGUUGGCUCGAAGCUGGCGGGACUUCCUUCGAUUUUUUGCGUGCAUUAGAGAAGAGACGAGACGACAUUCGAUCCAUCUCCAGCUUCGAUUCUAAUCGGUACAAGCAUCUAAAGCUGCCAGGAAUGAGGCGCCAGAAGAACGCGGAAGUCAAAGCACUCCCAAGUAAUGUUGCCCACGCUGGAUUUGCGGACGAACGUGCGUUGCAGAAUGGUACUUGUUGGUGCGACGUCACGUUAUAAUAACGUGUUGGGGAUUUGUUAGUAAGAAACUACCAGUGUUGAAAAAAAAAGAAUGCUUACUAGAAAUGAAUGUUGAAUUAAUUGACACAACUAUUUCAGCCGGCGGCUUUUCGUCGACAACGACGACUACGACGAAGACCUUUGCAAUGUCGCAGUGGGAUGGACUGACGCAUUUGGAUGAUCCCCGUUUCCUCGAUUGCUUCGAGACUUUUCCGGACUUAAAGGAGAUCGAAAAUCCUACGCCAGCCUACAAUUUGCGCAACAUCUGCUUGGCUUUGAACAGUACCACAUCGUAUCACUGGUGUGCCGUUUCCCUUGAGUCGGCACGCGUCUCUACGCAGACGCUUUCGCCGGUUUACUGCGAGCUAGCGCGCACAAAUUGUACCCGCGCAGUGAGUCCGCCGAUUCCGGAGCCCUCGUGGUGCAAGAUUGCACCAAUUGUGGUGGACCCAGACAGCGUGACGUUCGUCGGUUCCGAGCCGACCACUCCGCAUCGCAUGGUCUACCGCUGGGGCUGCCGCAUGCUGCCGAGUACUGCGGAUGACGAGGACCCCGCAAGCCCCACACCCGAAAGCAUUAUGGUCGAAGUGCGGCAAAAACUCGAAGUUUGCCAAAAUGCCUACGGGUUCGUGCCCGCAAUGGAGAUGCCGGUCGGUCUGCGAGCUGGAAUCUACGAGUUCACGGUCGAAGUGUACGAUCGAGCGACGCAGUACAUGGUCUACAACGUGCAGCGGUCCAUUCUGGUGCAAGUGCUGGGCGUGGAAGCGGAGGAUAUCUUUCCGGUGCACAUCGCGAGCAGCAACUUUCGGUCGGUGGUCACCGACAUGGGUCGCGGCCCGACGUGCAUACGCGCGGACGACAAAUCCGAGAAGCGAUUCAUGAUGCGCUUCCGCGGUACGGAUCCACGGGAAAACAUGCGGAACAUGGUCAUGAUUGACAUGGAAAACACCGCUUCGCAGGCCUCUAUAAAAGGACAAUACCCCAACUUUGGCACGGCCAUGGCUGAGAGCGUAACCUUUGAGAAGUAUCGCCGUGACCUAGGAUUCACCAUCACGGAAACCACUUCACUGACGGAGUACGCGAUCCACGGAUACUCGAAGAUGCUGUCCGCGGGGUUCACCUACGACUUCUUCGUGGUAGGUGCGGAAAAGAAAGCACCGACGAAAGUCACGGCGUUCUUCAGGUACAAAUUAGAAAAAAGUGCUGAAGAAAACCACUGGUCGGCGAUGUCUAGCGUUGGAGAAAUAUUUACCGACGCAGUAUAUUUAAUUAAUCUUUCUCAUUGAUCAAAAUUGCAACUACAACAGGUAUACCAAUGAGACGAAUGAUCGGCUGACUCUGACGGCUCAGUUCCCAGAGUAUCCGUAUCGAUUUCCCGAAGAAACGAUCGAUCCGGAUGGCACAAAAAAGAUGCGCGGUGUCUCGGGGCCCAUGCUGGAGCCUGCAGUCGCUCCUGGCACGCCGAGUCUGAUCUCUGUCCCGACUUCUGGCGUUGCGGUCAAGGACAUGUUCAAGAUGGAUCAGAUUUGGAGUAGCAAUUAUGCGCCUUUGGAGUACAAGUACGUGUACGCAGAAGUCCCUCCUCUCUUGCACACUGCCUUCGUGGAUUGCCGAGACUUCGACAGCGACCCCGUGAUCCGACGAAACGCAACGAGCUUUUUGGCCGCUACUCUGCAACCAGUGCUGAAAGAAAUGCGGGAAUACUCUUACCGUACGGACAUGGAGACUACGUUUGCGCAGGGCAACUAUUUAGUAGGCGGUAUUGCACGGGAUCGCUUAGGGGCUACGAGUGCAACCUACGCUUGUGUUGAGGUCACGGAGUUGCACCGGGAGGACGCGACGUUCUCUCCCAUCAAGAAACUGGAAGCACUGGACGAGUUUGUGCGACGAAGUUCGGACGCGUUGUCGAUUUUACGCGGCCACAACCAGCCGGGCGGCGAAAUAGCGUUCAUCUACGAGAUUUUGACCAAGGACAUGCCGAACUUCUGGGCCUACGACUGGGAGACCAUGGCGUUCAACAACGACCCGACGCGUGAGUUCGUGCAGCCUCUUAACGCGGCGCCCUUCGUGAGCAAAGAGCAACGCGAACGCGGAGCAGAAUUCGUGCGUCAGGUCCUGUCCUCCAUGCGCCUCGCGGCGGGCCAACUGCACUCCGACAAUUUCCGCAAGGAAGACGCAGAGACAAGCAGUGGCAGUAAUUCGGAGCAGGGUUCGAUGAUGCCCAGUAGUAUUGCCGGCACUUCGGAAUCCUCAAGUGGAGGAAGCAACGGAACCACUCUCCGGGAACUAGGUGAUGAAGAAUCUGGCGAGAAAGAUCCACAGGACGUCAAUAGCAGGGUAAGCAAAGCCGGUCUUGCUGCUGCAAGAGCAGUGGGAGAAGAGAAUUUGGCACUGUUGCAAGGCAUACUACCGGAUGGAAGAAGCAAGAAGGCAAUGCUGCGUACGGAUCUCCUGAAAGAAGUGGUUGCAAGUGCAGUCCGACAGCCUGACGAAGCGAAAGAGCAAACGAAGCGCAAGGCGUCGGAAAAGACGGGAGAGGAGCAGGCGCUGGGAGACGCAUGGGAACGCGGCAUAGACGUGGAUGUCGAUGGUUUUUUCACCAGUGGAGAGAAGAGCAGAAGAGCACUGUCAGGCCAUGAUGGCGGAGACCACUUGAAGCGACACGUUUUGUUGAAUAGUGUGAACAAACUGUUUCACAUCAACACGUUGUCGAACUCCUUGUUGCUUAUGGCGAAGCAGAUUGGCGUGUUCCGGAACAACACGAUCGACAUCAUGGCUGCCGAUGUGGUGAACGUAGUCAUGCAACGCUUCCGCGACGCACACGGACGGCUUUCGCACUUUGACUCUGCCGCCAACGAGUUCCUGGAGGUCGAGGCCGUCUUGCUGGAGCGCGUACAGCAUCUGACGUUGCCGCGCAACCAGAAGACCGUCUCCAACUUCAACUACACCGACCACCCGGACGCGAGACUCUCGAGGAUUAUCAUCGAGGGCGUGGUCAACAUCGCAGAAGCGUAUGUUGUGCAAGCGCCCAUCGGCAUUCUGCAGACUGUGACGGCACCGUUUAUUGAUCCAGCGCGGGCGACGCCGCUGGCUUUGUCCAUUUCCAUCGCGCGGGAUCGGCCGGGCCGCUACGAGACGGGGGAAAGCGACGGCGUGGGCAAGAAUCUAGUGCCGAACGCAAACCUGGUCGGGCGCUGGCCAUACCCGUAUACACGAGUGGCACUGAUGGGCUCUCCAAUAACGGACGUGCUGAUGAACGCUCCCUGGCACAGCGGCGGUGUUUUCCACAUGAACUACGCCGAUGCAACCGGCGGCCGGCCACCAGUGGUGUGGGACUCGGCAGCGAUGAUCGGUCGUCGUACCCAAGAAGCGGAAGAAGGUUCUCUAGAAAACAACGAGGUGGAACCAUAUUAUCCUUCUGCUGCGAUCGAAGAGUCGAACGUCUUCGACUCAGACGAAGUUCCAGUCCCACGUGAGCUAGCAACCAUCACGAUAACUACGACCUCCGCAAGCAUCGGGAAAGUCAUCACACGUACUUCUAUGUAUAUAUGUACCAGGGAGGGAGGCCCCCUCCCCCCCCCCCUGUGGAUGGAUCUGGUGUGGACCACGCCAGAGGGGUCCAGCCUUGCCACCUUAUUGGCCAGGCCUGUCGAGGGGCUGCCGGGCGGGAAUGCCUCAAAGCGCCCACUUCUGACCCCUUCCCGCUUCUUGCAUGUACCCUACAGACCUGGCAAAGGCAGGGCCCCGCUGGCUUGUUGCAUGUACCCGACAGACCUGGCAAAGGUGGCAAAGGCCGGGCCCCGCUGCCUUGUUGCAUGUAUCCACCGACCCGGCAAAGGGGGCAAAGGCAGGGCCCCGCUGCCUUGUUGCGUGUACCCUACAGACCUGGCAAAGGGGGCAAAGGCAGGGCCCCGCUGCCUUGUUGCGUGUACCCUACAGACCUGGCAAAGGUGGCCAAGGCCGGGCCCCGCUGCCUUGUUGCAUGUACCCUACAGACCUGGCAAAGGGGGCAAAGGCGGGAACCCACCCCCUUGGCGUAGGGUUGGGCACACGCAACACGACAAGAGGGCCCAGCCUUUGCCACCUUUGCCAGGUCUGUAGCGUACAUGCAAGAAGCGGGAAGGGGUCAGAAAUGGGCGCUUUGAGGCCUUCCCCCCCGGCAGCCCCUCGAAAAGAGGGGCCGGGGCGGGGAGGCCCCCCCCCCUUCAAAAAGUUAGAUCGGGGGGGGGGGCCUCCAGCCCUGAGCCCUGGAACAUAUAUAAGUCUUGUGAAUUACCCAUACUGAACUGAUCCGUUCUUGAUCAUGAGUACUACAGGCCUUAGAAGUUUUGCUGUAGUUGUCUGAUGGACGAGGGUGAAAUUUCUAUCUUUAAGCUGGGAAGCACGGCUGCGUCUGCAGCAAUUGUCUUCAUCAUAUUUAUACGGGGAAGUUGUAAGCUUUAGACAAUAAAUCAAUAGCACCUAAAAACACAACUCACAGAAUUUCCGAACCGCAUCAACUGUUGGGACGAAGGAGAGACGUUUUUGACGAACGUGAACAUUUACAGUAUCUCCUGGCCACGCGAUCCUUUCUUCUACGCAUAUGGGGAUGUGGGGAUCAGAAACAAUGUCUCAAUGCUGUAUUCUCUGGGUUUGCGUUCGUGCAGCCAGCCCUUGCUAGUGCAGAAGAUGGGAGUGCUGGAAUUGGAUUUCCGGCUCGAAACAGAGACGGUGCGCGAGAAUCGAAACGGCUACGGCGACAUGAAUCCAUAUCGGGUAACUACUGGCUUAGAUGCAUGCUCAAUCAUAGCUUUCAUCAUUUUGAUUUCUUGACACACAUCUUUUUUCUUCAUCUUCAUAGCUUCUUGUGGUCCUUCCCUGAACAUGUCAAUCACAGAUCGAUCGUCUUUUCUUGAUACAUUACAUGGAUAGUUACCAGCAGAGAAACAAAAGCGCAUAGACACCCUAACGCUAUUCGUUUUCCAGGUUGUUUGGUGGCGUGAAGAUCUGAUUGACGAUGGCGUUCGCGUAAUGGCUGGAGGAGAGCGACGGCAGAUGUAUCAGACAGUUCGGGGGUGGACCGAUGGUGGGUGUGAAACACGAUGGAACAAGGCACAGGAGAACAUGGUAUACGCUCGCUGCGACCACAUUAUCAACCAGUUCUCCAACGGUUUUGCUGGUGGGUACCAAAUCUGGGGUCUCGAGACGCUGCCCAAGCCAAGCUACACGCAACCCGAAGUGCCCUCCUUGAACAAAUCAGUGCACAACAAUUUGACGUACUGGAUUUUCUUUACGGGGCUUUUGUUCUAUUUCGUGCACAAGUUCGCGUCUCGCGCGGACAAGACCAGCUUCUGGCCGAGUGAAGCGACGCUGUCGCAAAUACUCUUCCUUGUCGCGGAACAAGAGCGCCUAGAGCGGUUGAAGGAGCACGAGCGACUACAGGCUAUCGCUCGAGACGAGGCCAAGGACCCGUUCUACAAAGUGCUCCGACAGCGCAAGCUGAAGCCGAUCGUACUGACAGAAGGCGUGCCGGCGAUGCUCGUUUCCACUUCGCAAUGGACUUACGAGUUCUUCUUCAAAGUGAACCGAGCGCAAGAACGCGUAAAGCGAUGGUACCGAAGACAGCAGAAGGCGCGUGCUGUUACGAUUUGCAUUGAAUACUUUUUCAGCAUCAUACUUUGCACAGAACAAGAGUAGAGUGCUUGUCUAACAAACAUACUUGUUUUCGCUGAAGAUUGGUGACAAAAAAGCUUCGAAUACAUAAAUCUUCUACUUGUACAAGGCACUACAGCAACAUAAAGAAACCUCUAAUAUCAAACGCAAUCAAGAAUGGGUGUCCUGUGUCCAGCUUAGGGCGGAGGAGAUGCUGACCAAUGAAGUGCGGGAACUGCGCUCCAUGCGUGAAAAAACACGUAAUCGACUCUAUGAGCACUUCUUUCAGCAAACGGAGUUGCACUUAUGACCACAAGAAUAUAAGUAUUUCUAUCUACGUAUUUCCUUUGUUCACCCAUCAUCCUCGGAGUCGCGCAGGUUCCGGAGCUCGAUGUGCAGGAUCUAUAACCUAACCUAACCUAACCUAUAUGUUUCCUGUCAGAACUACGCGUCUCGAAGAGAACGCGGCGCCUCGCAGAAGCAUCACUUAGUGUAGGAGUAGGUGUUACAUAAAGAAAAUAGCCGCUUGAUUUUUUCUCAUCAUAGGCUUUCUCCUUUUAAGUGUAGGCGUUAAUCAACGAUAGUAUAAUUCGCUGCUGGAUCUUUUCACCUGAGAAUCACGAAGAAGAAGUGACCACAUGCGUUUCUUAUGAAAAGAAAUUGUGCGCGUCAGCCUCUAAUGCUUCCUGAUGAUAUCCACGUGGACGGACAGACGGUGCGGGUGACGACGAUCCAUGAUUUGUUGGAAACACGGGAGAGUAGCGAGUAUGAGAGCACGGCGUCUGACCAAGUAGACGACGGCCUGCCAAAAGAACCUCCGGAGGUCCCAAAGCUCGAGGACGUGCUUUUUGACAACGAGGAGAAGAAUGAAUUGGAGGACUUGCUAGGUUUGGAAGACGAAGAAGAGGGGGGUGAUCGUUUGCCGAAGUUGCCUCCUGGGUGGCAGCAUAUCGAGCGGGAGGACACAGGUGAGCGUGCGUAUCGCAAUUUGCUGACGGACUUCAUCGCGUCGGAACUUCCCGGGGAGCCAGCGUGGGGGCCGAUGACCUUGCUACCGGGAUGGAUGCUCUGCUAUUCCCACAAGUUCGAUCGCGCCUACUACUUCUAUCCGUCCACAGGGAUGACCCAGUGGACCUUCCCGAAGUACGGCGAUGAAGUAAUGCCGGAGGACCCAGAGAAGCAUAUGACUCUGCAGCGCAUGCAAUUAUGACGAGGUGAUCACUGAUAAAAGUGCUGAUGUCCCAGCAUAACUCCGUGCUAGUAGAGGCGUCAGUAACUAACAAAUGCGCGAGAACUCAAAGUCAAAAUCAAAGUAGUUCUCCAGAUCACAAUACAAUUACGAUCGUACUAUAAUAUUGGUUGUUCUUGUUGAGAUGAAUAUUGGGCAAGGGAAUUUCAAGUUGUCUCUAAUCUUUGAGAUGCGAUUAGACGCUAUGGAUACGAGGCCAGAGAUCGGACCCGACGGCAAGCCGUUGCAGGCGAUCAAGGCCACAGGUGUUCAGGGCCGACUAGUCCAGAGUGGUGACGGACGCAUUGAUCCGAAAGCGACUAGCAUUUUGAACGAAACCUUCCGGCACCAGACUAUGCAGAAGUCGAGUCAAGAUCCGAACUUGGCAGCGGGCCCCGCGAUGAAGUUUACGAAGUCCCAAGCGCAGAUUGACAAGGAGACGAUGCAGCAACUGGAAUCCCUCGUGGGUGAGGACAACGUGAAGGCUGCGGAUGGAGAGACGCUCGACAGUCCUGCUCCGAUCGACGGUGAGAACUCGAGAAGCGUGAUCGACAUGGCGGGCGGCGGUGCCGCAGAAGGGCAGCAUCAGUACGCGCGAUCCUCAACGGGCCUCUCGUCCACUUCCCUGCAUCCGGGGGACACGGAUUCGUCGCGCUGGGAGUUAGAGAGCGGAAUAGCGUCUGCAAUAGGCAGCAGCCACGGUCCGAUUGCUUCGCCGCUCAGCGUGACGGGCGGACUGUCUUCUCUUCAAAUGGGUGGAGCCAAAGAGGACGUCGUUUCGCUUAGCUGUGUACCAGAUCCUAAUAUCAGCUCGUCCAGUGCUUGUACGGCCACCUCGUCUACUACCGGUCCAGCAUUGUCGUCCAGCUCCUCAUCGACUUCAGCGAUUGAUGCGGUCGAGAGAAAGCAGGAAAAGAAGUCGGGGCCAUCAUCUCUACUGAGGGAGCGCAAAUCUUCAGGGAGAAAUAAGACCGGGAGGCAGGCGCAAGAGCCUUUGCCUCUGUUUUUGGACCGCGAGCUGUCGCAGAUCGGGGGGGAGGUGUACACCACGUUAGUGGAGCGUAGAAGAAGGAACCUGCAGAUCGGUGGCAGUUCCUCCAGUUCUUCUCGGUGUAGAAGCCCUGGGACGCCACGUGGCCUGCCGCCAGAACCGAACCCCGCGUGGCUGCAGAAUCCACCACUCCCACCUGAAAAGGCGGAGCAAGUUUUCGAUGAAGAAAAUGCGGUCGCACAAAAUCACAGUAAAGGAGAUAGUCAUUUAACAGAAGACAGGCUGCGGCAGCUAGAUCGGCGACGGAGAAAGAGGACAGUCGUGUUGGGCCGUGCGCCUGCCAUAGCGCCGAGCGCAUCGGGGAGCACCUUAGCAGUGGUGCGGUCCGGUGUGCCGCGACCCUCUGAUGCAGAGCCACCAGAUAUUAUCGAGCAAUCUACUGUAGAAAACGAACGAAGACAAGCGCACCAGGACGAAGUUGUGGAAGCACAGGGAGGAAGCUCAGCUUUCGGUACAACCAAGAAGGUAGCGCCCAUGGGAGAACCAGAUGGGUCACCCAGCACCAGGCCCGUAGUGGACAUAGAACUCGGCCCCCAGCAGGAUCCAAGUCCUUUGGACGACGACGUGGCUGAAGAAGCACACGCAGCACCAGUGGCGCGAUUGACAUCAAGAAAUGCCAAUGAACAUGACGACUCUCCCAGCACCCACAAAAAUGCUUCAGUAGUAGAGGUGGAGCCAGGCGCACAGGUUGUCAGCAAGCAUCUCGAAGGCGCUCAUCGAAAGAGCCCCUUGCAGAGUCCACGCGCACAAGUUCCCAUAGGACAGCAUCCGCAUGUGCAGGGUCGGCCGCCACCUCAGACGGGACAGACCAAUCUUAGUUUGGCCUUGCCAGCUUCACAGAACACCCAGACGGCGAUGCGAAACACGACCGCAGCAGCGGUGGUGCCUUAUCGGCAGGGUGGCGGACAGCUCGUUGUUGCAGGCGGCAGACUCAAUAGCGAAAUCACUGCCUCAGCACUCCCACGAAACUGGGAAGUUCACGUCAGCUCAGAUGGAAGGGUACGUGCCACUAAUGUCUAGUGUGAAAGUGAGCGUCUAGGUACGUAACGAAGGAACGCAUUUACUACACGUCGGGCUUCUGUCAGCCGUUUUUUCAUCAGGCUAGCAAGAAUUAUCGCUCUCGAAAAAGAGAAUCAGUAGCAUUUUGAAAUAGUAUUCUGCGUAAGGACAGUUCUCGGGUGCUUACGCACGACAAGUACUUCUUGCGCACAACUUCAGAGAUCACAGUUAAAGUUGUGAAUUAAUAUGGAAAUUCAAAUUUGUUAUACUUUUUCCAGCUCUACUACGUGAAUGUGGUUGCGAACCUGACGCAGUGGGAGUUGCCGCAGCUGCCGUUUCCAUGGAAGGAGCGGGUGUCACGAAGCGGGAAGGUGUUCUAUAUGAACGACCAAACAGGAGUAACCCAGUGGCAAUGGCCAGAGGCAGACAUGGGUGGAGGAUUCGACGAACCAGGGUCCGAAUACGAGUCUGACGCGGACGACCUGGAGCAUUCCUUAGGGGCCACAAGUCCCUUCGAACUAGCUCUGCCAGGUCAAACCACAAUCACAUCCGCGUCUGAUGGUGCUUAUUUCUAUACUAUAAUCGUCUUUUUGUUUUUGAUUUUGUUUUUAGUUUCACAACUUCGCAGAAUAAUUUCUCAGAGACAUGGGGAUGGUGUUCUCUUUUUAGCCUUUUGCCUCAUGCCAUAUUACACGACCAGGCGCAAUCGUGCCAUACGGAAAGGACGUCGCUCCAGAGGCGACGGACGUACUUGCAGUCGCUGAAGGUGCGGUGCAGGGUGUGGCUGCGGGCGACAAAGAAUGGGGCGUUGACGAGAACUUCGACCGCUUCAAGAAUGAAGAGCAAAGAGCCCUCGAGAAAAAGCGAGCGAUCGCCAGACAACAUCGCACUGCGCAUCAGUUAAGUCUUCUGAGAACUACUAGAUUUUCUACUUGUAGUCUCCUUCUUCAAAACAAAAUAUUAGAGCGUACUCAAACCUAGUAUGAUUAAUGAUCGAGGUCAUCAUCUUUCUCGCUCUAAUCCUGGUGCGCGGAAUACGUGACUUUGUGCGGCAGCAUGAGCUUGGGGCGUACGAGCAAAACUGGGGCAAGUAUCUCGACGCCGUGAAGGAUAAGAAGGAGAAGCUAGAUCGCAGUCAACAGCCAGCUCUAGGCAAGAAAAUGGAGUUGGAUAAAGCCGAACUGAGAGAUCUCUUCCCGAUCGUGCAGAGGCUACAGUGGACCAAGUGGAAUCCCAUCAAACUGUACUACAAUCUUCCAUCAAGCCACUCUCUUUAGAUGAAACAAGUUAUAGAUUGCAUGACCCGCUGCAUGCAUACGUUUCUGAUUGCACGAUGUUCUUUCACGAUCUUCAUUCGUCGCAUCUUGCGUGGGAACGAUAUCGAAACAUUCUUCUCCCCUAUUUUAAUCCCAUCCAUCCUAUCCUAUCCGUAUUAUAGCUCUAUCCUCACCUUCCCUUCUAUACUUCUAUCUCAAAAUGUUUGGGGAGCAAUACAUCUUCAUGAUAAAGAUCGCAUUAGAAGUGAUUUUUCACGAGAACGACUUCUGUAUAUCUUCAGUAUAUUAAACAUACCACAACUUAUCCAUGCUUUGUUCUCAGGUAUGGGAUUCUGUUCAUGCAGCGCAAUCACUUUGUGCGGAUUUUUGAAAACUACGCACGCCCGAGCAAGGCGCAUCGCGAGAACCUCUGGGAGACAAGAAUAUUAUGGCAUUUUUCAAUGUGUCCCUAUCAUCCGUUUCCUAGCCAAAACUGAUAUCUGAGAUCUAGGUAAAAGAUGCGAGGAUUAAGUUUGCACCACAAGAUAAUUGUCUUGCGGCGAGUUUUUUAUUUUUGCAAGAUUGUUUUGCUCUUCUAAGCACAACUAUUGCGGCGUUUGUGAUUUCGUGGAGCGUGUUUGGAUCGCAUGCGCAGAUUGAAGAUCGAGUAUCUGCGGUAGACCUGUCCCAUACCAGGUUAUUGGCCAUGCCUUUUGAUUUGUCCUUCGAAGGGUAUUACUUUCUUUACCUCUUCUUGGCGGACCUCUUCUCCAGCCUGUGCAUCAAUUUUUUGGAGGACGUUUUUUUCCUCAGCAGACUGGAACUAAAGUUAAGGUGCCGCGCUGCCCUCUACUUUCAUCUUCUUGAAAAGCAUCUUGAGAAGAAUCUCAUUUUAGAGGAAGAGAACGUACUUAAUAGACCACGCUUCAACAAAAGUGCGACUAGCUUAUUCAAGAAAUGUGACUACUUUCAAGAUGAAAGAAUCUAUACAUUGGGUACGCUCUAAAAAAGGAGUAUCAGCUGGAUGAAGAACAGCGACAGGCAAAAAUGAAGCACUGGCACAAAAUUUCGGCGACUGGGGAUGCUUUUCUACAUUAUCUCAAGGCCUUCCUCACCGGUCUCAUGUUCAUCUUCGCGGCCGUCACACCGGCACCCAGGGUACUGAUUUGUAAUGACUUACUUAUUUUUAGUUACUUAGAGAUCAGAGAUUUUAUAUCACAGUGCUCUUUUAGUUUUAGCCUGUGCCCGAAGAUGAAGUAGGUUUUUCUUUGUGGCCAAUGCAACUAUCCCUUACAUGAAACUGCAUCGAAGUGCAAGAACUAGAAGGGUUCUAGUCUCUGUUAACUAUACCCCUCAACCUUGAGAGGCCUCCUCUCCUUAGUUAACUUUUUACUAGUGUGCUAGCCAUCAUUGCAAGCGGUUGUGUAAGCUUGGCCACAUGUCGAGAAAACGUAGUUUAUUUUGGCGUUCCUUUCUCAAUUUCAGUCUGCAGUCGCGGUGCUGAUUUUUCUUUUGUAUCUUGCGUGGCUGCACGUGCUGCGGCCUCUUACCCAUGCGCUUGGUGUCUUUCUACUCCUCUUCUUGGCGACUAAAACGGAAAGAUUUGAUGGCUACCUGUCCUGGUAUACGCACACCAUGGAUUUCCUCUACUUAUGGCCAAUAUUUUGAUGAACAGCACUUUGACGAUAGCAUGUUGUUGAUAAGAUUGUGAAUUUGUUUCAUAGGACCGUUUCGCGUAAGAUCAAAGUUAGAGCAGUAGACGUACAUCACAUCUCUCUACUGUUUUGACACUUGUUGAUGCGGAACAGUUUCAUCUCGCUGAUGAUUGAGAAUGAUCAUUUGAGAUGCACUGCUGAUAGGAUACCACAACAUCUUCGUGCUAUCUCUAAGAAGUGUGAGUGUGAGCACAGCGGAAUUUCUGGCAUGGCGCCUGCAUCGGAUGAUGAAGGAGGCUGUGAUAAUGAAGCAAGUUCACGAAUCCGAGUACGCCUUCGAAUUGUGGCAGGCAGUGCUGGAUGCGCGCAAACCGACGAAAAAAAAGUCACUUAAGGCUCAUCAUAGUUUUCCCUAUGUUUACCAUAUUUUUCCCUAUGUUUACCAAAGGUCGGCUUACUUUAAGCUUUCUUGUCUCAACUGUUGACUUCCUCCGUAGAAUCAGUUAUUCUGAGAAAAUGAAUUCAGGAAUCAUUCUAAAAUGAACUCAAGAGCGAUUCCGCGAAAAUCAUGACGAGACUCAAUUUAGUUUAGGUACUGUAUCAGCAGGUAUCUGUAAGAGAUUUGAAGAAGCAUUGCGAAUUCUUCUAAGUCGCGCUAUCGUCGGAAUUUGGAGAGUACGGCCGCGAAGUACAAGGAGGACGUGUAA